AUGAAGAAAGGGAACCAAACAUCCCCAGUGGAAUUUGUCUUCUUUGGAAUCAUAGAGGACACUACUUGGCAGGGCACCCUUUUUGGUGUGUUCCUUGUUAUUUAUUCAAUUACUGUGGCGGGGAACCUGGGUUUGAUCACCCUGAUUCGGAUCAACCCCUGCCUCCACACUCCCAUGUACUUCUUCCUCACCAACCUGUCUUUCCUUGACUUCUGCUACUCCUCUGUCACAGUCCCAAAGAUGCACAAGGUCAUUGGCUUCCCAGCAUGUGUGGCCCAAAUGAGCCUCUUCAUCAUGUUUGCCUCAGCUGAGUGCUACCUCUUGGCCUCCAUGGCAUAUGACCGUUACGUUGCCAUCUGCAGUCCCUUGCUCUAUUCUGUGACUGUGUCCCUGAAGAUCUAUGUCCUUUUAGUGAUUGCGUGCUAUGUGGCUGGGGUGGUCAACUCAGUGACCUUGACCACCUCGACUUUCCUUCUUGACUUCUGCAACUCCAACAUCAUAAAUAGCUUCUUCUGUGACAUUCCCCCACUGUUAGCCUUGUCUUGCUCUGACACCCAUGUCUGUGAGCUCUUAGUCUUUGCCUUUGGAGGUUUCAUCCAGAUGAGUUCCUUGUGCAUUAUCGUGGUCUCCUACAUGUUUAUCAUCAUUGCCAUCCUGAGAAUCCAAUCAACUGAGGGCAAGCGCAAAGCCUUCUCCACUUGUGCCUCCCACCUGACUGCUGUAAGUCUCUUCUAUGGGACCAUUAUCUUCAUGUACUUACGGCCCACAUCUAGUUACUCUCUGAAUCAGGACCGUGUGGUCUCUGUCCUCUAUACUGUGAUUAUCCCCAUGUUGAACCCCAUUAUCUAUAGUCUGAGGAACAAGGAGGUAAAGGAUACCCUGCAUAAAGUCUCAUGUUCACUCUUGACUCAGCACUAG